AUGUUGCAGUUGAACAUUUUUAUAGGUAAAACAGUAGUAAAACAACAGAUAUGGACAAUCAAAGUUUGAUAGAAAGAAGAGAUUCUGUUUUUAAUAGCACACAUCCAUCUUUUGUUUGUUCAGCUAAAUAUCACCAAACAACUCCAUCAAUGAAUAGACAUAUUUAUUCUACAGAAAACAUGUUAGCUACUGGUGGACAAAACUAUCUCCCUGAACAUAUUCCUUCUCAUCAUAAUGAUUACCUUCUCUCUGUAAAGAGACAAAGGUUUGAUGAUCAUCAUGUUGGAGAUGUAGGCCAACCAACUCAUAUUCAGUACAGUGCAGCAGGGGUGCCACCUGCAUUUCACGACAUAUCACAUGACAUGAACCAGGAAGCACCAAUGUAUCCCCUUUUGGACCAAGCUACUACAAGCAGCAGGCAUGACCAGCUGCCAACAGAAUUUCCGAUAAAUGGACCUAAGUUGACAAAAGCUGAUAUGCGCAGAUACUUAAAAGAACGUGACCACCAAACAGUUGUUGUGCUCCAUGCCAGAGUGGCUCAAAAAUCUUAUGGUAAUGAAAAGAGGUUUUUUUGUCCACCACCAUGUCUAUACUUAUCUGGCAAGGGCUGGAAGAAAAAAAGGCAAGUGGAGGAGAGUGAAAACAAUAGUAAAUAUCCGUUAGCUUUUGUCAGUAUUGGGAACAGUGACCAAACUAAUCUACAGCAAUUGACAUUUGAAGAAAAGGGAAAUCAAGGAUUUUGUGCAGCUAAAACUCUGUUCAUUUCGGAUUCCGACAAGAAAAAAAAUUUCGAGUUAGCAUGUCGUCUAAUAUACCCUGAGGGAAAAUCACUCGGCGAGUUUAAAUCGAAACGAAUCAAGGUUAUAUCAAAACCGUCAAAGAAAAAACAAUCCUUCAAGAACACUGAACUAUGUAUUUCCUCUGGCACCACGGUAGCUUUGUUUAAUCGUCUUCGUUCUCAAACAGUAAGCACACGCUAUCUAAACGUGGAAGAUGAAAACUUCAGAGCGAGCAGCCAACAAUGGGGAGCUUUCACAAUUCAUCUACUGGAUGAUGAAGAAGACGAGAGCGAAGAAUUUAUAGUUCGUGAUGGCUUUAUACACUACGGACAAACCGUAAAGUUAGUGUGCGUCCAAACUGGGAUGGCGUUACCGAGACUUGUGAUUCGAAAAGUCGAUAAACAAAUGGCUUCGUUAGAAGCAGAUGAUCCUGUAUCGCAGUUGCAUAAAGUUUCUUUUUAUAUGAAAGACGAAGAUAGAAUGUAUCUAUGUUUGUCUCAAGAAAAAAUUAUACAGUUUCAAUCAACACCAUGUCCCAAAGAUCCAAAAAAAGAAAUGAUAACCGACGGAGCUGCAUGGACUAUCAUAAGUACAGAUCGAGCAGAAUAUUCAUAUUGUGAAGGGGCUGGCCCUGUGAGUGGACCCGUCACACCUGUUCCAAACGUUUAUGCACUACAAUUAAACGGUGGAGGGGAUGUGGCUAUGUUGGAGGUACGUGGUGAAGAUUUUAAUCCGGCUAUGAAGGUUUGGUUUGGUGAUGUCGAAGCGCACACUUUGUACAGAUGUUCCGAAAGUCUAGUGUGCGUCGUGCCAGACGUAAAAUCCUUCAAAGACAAAAACUCUACAUCGACAUUCACGGUACCUGUUAACUUAGUGCGGUCGUACGACGGUGUGAUAUAUCCGACCGGAUUAACAUUUAAUUACACUCCAGAACCAAUUGAAGAACUUGAGGCAGAACUUAAUGAGCUGAGUAAACAAGCCCAAAGAAACAUGGUGCCUAUUGAUUAGUCCUAUUCCUCUGCACGGACCAACCGAAACCCUACACCGGUCUACCAGAAUUCUACACCCGUCAAUCAAUCAGAAGCCAAACCAAAAAGCAGAAUCAUACCACUUCUAUUCUGCAUAGAAUAUAACCGGAGCCUGGAUCGUUACCGGAUGAAAGCGGCUGAUGAGUUUACCUGACGUGCGGUUUUAGCGCAGUAUUUUAUGUUGGAAUAGUCCAACAAUUACAAUACUCGAUGCUGUUUCAACCUUUUUUGAAUUGACAAGCCUAAUUCAAGACAAAAAUUAGCCGCUUUAGACUAGAGUUUUUUUAAAAAAAAUAGCGUAUACUUAUACAGAUUGAAGCUAUAUCUCCUUCGUCUGUUUCGCACUGGCGAAAAUUCGUGCACUGUGUACACGAUUACAUCCCAAUCUAUUCCGGAUGUUUUUUUUAACUAUCCUUUCCUUUUUGCGUCUACUUUGGCCGAGUGUAAAAGGGGUCUUACCGUAUAAUUUAUGAAAAAAACGUCUUCAGUACAUUGGUACGCAUUUGGAAGGAAGUUGUUUUAGCAAAGUUUGGUGUUCUAAGAGACGGCUAUCAGGGCAGGCCUUGAUAAGCUUUUUACACCAUUUUGCAACGUUUUGUGUUUCAUAGAUAUUAUAUACAGCUCAGAUAACUUGGUUGUAUUUUUUUAUUUUAAACGUUAAUUUUGUGUUUAAGUUUUAUAAUUUGAUGUACAUAUUGAAA